ACUUAACAAUCUUGUCAAUAAUUACAACGUGAUUCCCUCUAACAUUUUUCCAUUCUUGUAAUUAAAAUAAAACCCAACUACUAUUCCCUCUUCUUCUUUCCUCACUCUCUCACUUUCUCCCUUCUUCUCACCGACAACCCCCCUCAACUUUCUCAGAUCUCAUCUAAUUCAAUUAAUAAUCCCAUAUAUUUCCCAACAAUUGUUUGUCCGAACUCAAAAAUUAACAACAAAUUAAAUUUAAAAUGUUCGGAUGGUGUAUUGGGCAACGCCGAGUUGCCCAGAUUCAAAGAGGUUUCCACAAAAUGAAGCUUACAAUUCUUUGCCUUUCGUUAACAAUUUUAAUGAUCCGGUCGAUGCUCGGCGCCGGUGAUUUCGGUACACCGGAGCAAGAUUUCCACCUAUUGCAAUCAUCGCUCUCGGGCGGCGGCGGCGGCCUUCACUCCCACAACCGCCGUAUAUUAGAGGAGCUUAAAGAUUCUGGCGAAACCAAAUCGGCAACCUCAAACAGUUACGAGUCGUUUGAUAUCACGAAGAUUCUUGUUGAUGAUGAGCCUCCUGAGAAGAGAGACCCCAAUUUGGCUUAUAGUUUGGGGCCCAAGAUUUCUGAUUGGGAUGAACAGAGGAAAAAAUGGUUGGAGAAUAAUCCUGAAUUUCCAAAUUAUGUUCAACCCGGUAAGCCAAGGGUUCUGUUGGUUACCGGGUCAUCACCAAAACCUUGUGAGAACCCGGUGGGGGAUCAUUACUUGUUGAAAUCGAUUAAGAAUAAGAUAGAUUAUUGUCGAAUUCAUGGGAUAGAGAUAUUCUAUAAUUUGGCGCUUUUGGAUGCUGAAAUGGCUGGGUUUUGGGCAAAAUUACCAUUGAUUAGGAAGCUGUUGUUGUCACACCCUGAAAUAGAGUAUUUAUGGUGGAUGGAUAGUGAUGCUAUGUUUACAGAUAUGGUGUUUGAGCUUCCAUGGGAGAGGUAUAAAAAUUAUAACAUGGUUUUGCAUGGUUGGAAUGAAAUGGUUUAUGAUGAAAAGAAUUGGAUUGGUUUAAAUACAGGUAGUUUUCUAUUAAGGAAUAAUCAAUGGGCAUUGGAUUUGCUUGAUACUUGGGCACCAAUGGGUCCUAAAGGUAAGAUUAGGGAGGAAGCAGGGAAAGUGUUGACUAGUGCUUUAAAGGGUAGACCUGUUUUUGAAGCUGAUGAUCAGUCUGCCAUGGUUUAUAUAUUGGCAACCCAGAAAGAGAAAUGGGGUGAUAAAGUUUAUUUAGAAAAUCAUUAUUAUCUUCAUGGUUAUUGGGGGAUUUUAGUGGAUAAUUAUGAGGAAUAUAUUGAGAAAUACCAUCCUGGUUUUGGUGAUCAUCGAUGGCCUUUGGUUACUCACUUUGUCGGAUGUAAACCUUGUGGUAAAUUCGGGGAUUACCCGGUUGAGAGAUGUUUGAAACAAAUGGAUAGAGCUUAUAAUUUUGGGGAUAAUCAGGUUUUGCAAAUGUAUGGGUAUUCUCAUAAAUCCUUAGCUAGUAGGAAGAUUGUUAAAACAAGAAAUGAAACCAGCAAUCCUCUCGACGUUAAAGAUGAUCUAGGUUUGCUUCACCCCCCAUUCAAAGCUAUUAAACUAUCAUCUUCAUCGUAGAAUGGAGAGUACACUGCCUUUAUAAUUUCAAUUUUCCAUUACCCAUUUUUGUUGUCAUAGAUACUUCUUUCUUGUAGUUUUUCAGAUAAUUGUAAAACCUUGGUUCAACCAAGAACCGAUUGUUUCAUUUAGUAUUGUUUAAGAUAUAUUAAUUCAAAGGAGUAAUUUAACCAA